AUCAGUAAUCUAAUUGAUUUUUUCUGUGAAGCAACAAGAUUUUUAAUAUUAUAUUUUUCUAGUCAAAAUAUUGUAUUAAUACAUUAUCUCUUUUAAUUACAUAAAAAACAAUAUUCGUAUUCAAUUGAAGAAAAAAUUUAUAAAAAAAAAUGGCGUGGUUUUAGCCACUCAAGGGCCAGCCAAAUUUUGUUCAAUUCUAAUUAGAAUCAUCUUACUACAACGCCAAGAAAAUGUCAAAAUGACAUCUUUGAAAAAAUUUAAUUUCUGCGUCAAAUUUUAUUUAGAAGCAUUAUUACUAUUUCGUACUAACAAUGCUGUUUACAAACAAAAAAAAAUUAUUGGAGAGAGUAUAAAAUAUUAUAAACAAUUAUAGAAAAAAUUUAUUUCAUUAAUUUUAUCAACUAGUUUUUCAUUUUUAAAAAAAAAUUGUUAUUUGAAAGCUUAAGUAAAUUCUAAAGGUCGCGCAUAACCAACACAUUCAAAAAUGAAUCCAAAUCCAAACUUAAUAAAAGUCGAACCAAACGACCAAUAUUCUGCAAAUUUGCUGGGAAUUAAUCCUCGUGCUGGUAUUUUAAUACACCAUCAUCCCCAACCAGCUCAAUUACAACAGCAGCAUCAUCAAGUUCACAUGCAACAACAACAGCAACAACAAGUACAGCAACAGCAACACAUUGGGAGUGGUACCCUUAACCCUGUUAAUAUGCUUAUAUCACCUGGACAGCCUAGUGCAACUCCGUCGCCAUACCCAUCCAGUGUUGGAUCACAUAAACAACGUUGGAACGAAAGUCCAGAAGCCAGGGCCCGACGUUUGGCUCGAAAUGCUGAAAGAAUGCGAGAACGUCGCGCCCGGGAGUCUGAAGAAGAAUAUAGAAAGCGUUUAGCUCGUAAUGCAGAAGCUAAUAGAAUAAGACGCUUAAAUGAAAGUGAAAUGGAGCGUGCCAUGCGUUUAGUGAGGAACGCUGCACGUCAAAGAUUAAGAAGAGCAAUGGAAUCACCUGAGCAGAGAGCAAAACGUUUGGCCAAAUUAGCCCAACGUAUGCGUUUAUAUCGAGCAAAUGAAACACCAGAACAAAGAAAGGAACGAUUAGCUGAAAUGGCUGCUAGAGCAAGAUCAAGAAUUGCAAGAGAAACCAGCGAAGAAAGGAAGGAAAGGCUUAGGAAACUGAAUGAUUACGCAAAAAAGGUCAGACUUAAUAAAAAACGUUUAAAAGAAUUAGGUAUAAAUAAUUUAAACCAGGAUCUAUCUCAGGAAUCAAAUCAGAGCAUUCAACCACUUGAUCAUCCUCAACAGGGCCAAGGAAGUCAACACCAAGCGUCUAAUAUACAAAAUUCACAGCAAGCAUAUCCUCAUUCGACUUUAGCCAAUUCAAUUGAAUAUUAUCAAAAUAUGUUUAUUAAUCAAUCUUUGAAGACAAAUAUUGACAAGGCGCCGGGUAAACUUUCCCAAAAUUUUAAACUUGGACAAAACUCUAACAAUACUGCAAUGUACGAGAAAGAUGUAAAACCGGUUUUAUACGGAACUGUUGCUAGUACAAUAGAAUAUUAUCAAAACAAAUUUAUAAAAGAGAAGACUCAGCCCAGCAAUGUUAAGAGUGUAACAAUAAUGCAAGUUCAACUUGAUCCAAAAGUUGUUAAAAACUUACAAGGAAAUUUUGUUAAUCAGCAACAGCCGCAACAAUCCCAACAGCAACAACAACAACAACAGCAACAACAACAGCAGCAGCAACAAUCUCAACAACAACAACAGCAUCAAUCCCAAAAUACACAAGGACAACAACAGAUUCAAAAUUCUACCGCACCCGUUUAUAACCAAUUCGCAUAUGUAAACAACUUUUCAAAUUCAACUCCUGUGGUUACACCACCCACAUCAUCUACAACUGGUACUCAACAAUACUAUCCCGUUUAUCAUAAUGGAUUUCAAUUGGGUUUGGCCUCAGGUACAGUUCCUCCACCUUUUACACCCGUACAUUUUCAAACAACACAAGCACCUGGAACUCUUCCAUAUACUUUAAUAAAUUCCUCUUCAAAUAAUACUCCAUCGACAACUAUAACUGUAUCUGCACAACAACCUCAACAGCAGCAACAGCAACAACAGCAGCAGCAACAACAACAACAGCAAUCAUUGCAGCCAGCACCAAUACAGGGUAAUGAACUUCCGAAACUUAUGAGAGGACGUCCUAGAAAAAUUUUCAAUGAUAAUGAUUUUUCAAGAUUACCACUUGAAUUACAAGAGGAAGCUCUUCGACAACACAAAGUCAACACUUUGUUGGAAAAUGAAAUCAAUCAGAUGUUAGCUUCACCUGGAAGGCAAAGAAGACGAAGUGGAAGAGUUCAAGAAACAGAAGACGAACGUCGUAUAAGAUUAGACAAGAUGGCAGCACACCAACGAAAAUUACGGGCAAAUGAAUCACCUGAAGAACGAUCAGUCCGCCUUAAAAGCUUAAGUGAACGUGCUCGAUUAAAACGUGCUCAAGUUCGCGCAACUGAAACAGAAGAAGAAAAGCGCGCACGGUUAUCAAAACAAGCAGAGUACGCUCGUUUAAGACGUUUAAAAUCACAAAAUCCUGAGCAAAAAAAAAAAAUUGAAUUAAGAGCCAAAGAGUUAUACGCCCAAUUGCAUUCAGUAUCACCAAAUCCAAGUCAAUGUUCAACACCAGAUACAAGCAUGAACAAUUCAUAUCAACAACAGCAACAACAAAAUCAAACAACUGAGCAUCAUGGUAACCAACAGCAGCCACAACAACAACAACAGCAGCAACAGCAACAACAACAAUUAUCAAAUAAUACAAAUGAGGAUUUUGUUAAAAACCCCGGAAAAGAUUUUGCACAAUCUGAAAAUAAUGAUGUUUUGAAAAUCUUAGAACCUAUUAUUGUAAUGAAAACAAAAUAAAGUUAUUAUAUAAAUAACAUAUUAUUACAUUUAAACAUGUAUCUAUUACAUACUAUUUAGUUUUAAAAAUGAAAAAUGGAAAAAAAAUUGUAUGUUACAAAAUUAUUUGUAGUAUUAUGAUAGAUUAUAAUAACUUACGAAUUAAGAUAGUUUUAAGUUAUAUAGAAAGAAGAACCCUUUUAGAUUUUUUUAAAAAAACAUAAUUUU